GGCCGCGGCCGCAGAAGAAGAGGAAGAAGAAGGCGUCUCCGACCUCCAAGAGCAAGUCCCCGCUCCAGCAAGCUCAGAUGCCGACCAUGUCGGCCUGGCUGUCGGCCGUUUUCCAGCGGUCCCGGACCGACGACGACGACCCCGUCGACGCCCCCCUCGUCGUGCCUGCAAGGAAGAAGCACCGGGGUUUCCAAUCGUACAUGUACGCGCGUCGUCGGCCGAGCGACGCAGAGCUUGCUCGGAACCAAGAAGCAGCAGAUCGUAUUCUCCCUCCAGGUCCUACUAUCGAUGAGCACCUUCAAAAGGAUGCUGAAAUUACUGAUCCAUACGAGCAGGAGAAGUUUCAUAUCGAUUAUCUCACCAUAAGAUCAGCCAGUAAAUAUGGGUGGGAUACUUGUGCUGCUUGUUAUUUUCAGGAUCCCAACAGCAUCGUCGACACAAAGACAGGAAAGCUGGAGAAGCACUUCAAUAACAACCACCAUGAGGAUGAAGCGCCGAAGAGAUGCAAAGUGUGCGACGCCUUGUUUCACAGUCAGCGGCUUAAGUGGCACAUCAAAUUUUGCCACCCUGAACAUUGCAGUCGGGAUUUGAAGGUCUCAUCAUGAUCAUGCACGUGUCUCAAUCAGGAGAAGGUGUUUACAGUGGUUUGUGGAAGACAAAAGACAUGUUCUCCUCAAAACAGUCUGUCAUUUUCUCGGAGAUGAUUUGUAAAUCAGGAUGUUUCACCUUUUGGUUUUUCGUUUUCUCAUCUAGGAUCUAGGGGAAGAGAUAAUCUCAUGUUCAUUAGGUUAUUGUCAUAUUAUCGUACAAUUUUGUGAUAAUUGUCCAAAACAUCAUUCCCAGAACUUCCUUGCUCAAGCAGCACACCUCCUGGCGUGAAGUUUAUAUCAUGCCAAUUCUCUUUGAUGAGCAAUAGGGUAAGCCUAAUAAACUUACAUAAAGAUUCUUUAAUUCAGUUUGCAUACGAGCAAUGUAGUAGGCCUGAUCAAUUUUCAUAAA